UACUCCAGUGAACAGGCAUAUAUAAUGAACAGAAUAAUGCAACGAAAUGCUACGUUUCGUAGAGUUGAAGUGCCUGGGAGUAGAAAUUUCACCACUCGUCAAUUGUUGAAUUCAAAAAUUUACGAAUUAUAUAGAUUACAAUUGAAAAAAAAUUUCGGUAGUUCUCAACCAAAUUGGAUGGACAAAACAACCUUUAGCGCAGUUGGGCCAAUUGUCGACGGACACAAUGUAUUUAAGAGCCCUUUUGAUGACGUGAAAAUUCCAGCUGGUUGUGUGCAUCAGAUCGUUUGGAAAGAUGUUGAUAAGUGGUGGAAUAAAACCGCACUCGUGUGUGCAGCAUCUGGAAGAUCGUAUUCGUAUGGGAUGUUAAAGAAAUUGUGUGGGAGAUUUGCAACUUCUUUACGGCGAAAUAAUUUGCGGGCUGGAGAUACGUUAGCAGUUGUUCUUCCGAAUAUUCCAGAGUAUGGCUUAGUUGCGUUGGGAGCAAGCGAAGCUGGAGUGAAGAUGACAUUAUUAAACCCUGCAUUUACGACCCAUGAGAUGGGUGUACAAAUUGUAAAUUCAGAAGCUGCUGGAGUAAUUACAACGCAGGAGAUGUAUCCCGUGAUUGAAGAGAGUAUAAAAGGAAAAAAUUCGAUUCGGUUGCCAACAAUUGUUGUACCUACUGAGGGCGAGUCAAUUCCUGCAGGUGCGAUAAAUUUUAGGGAUUUAAUUGCUGAUGGAAUUGAGGAAUUAGAAAAAACUGGAACCGACAGUAAAAAUGAUACAUUCAUUCUACCGUAUUCAAGUGGAACAACUGGGCUCCCUAAAGGUGUUAAACUUACUCACAGGAACAUUGUCGCUAAUUUGACACAAGGUGAACACCACGCCUACCAUUUUGACGAACCAGCUGUUGGUGAACACCAAGAGAUCGUACCUGGGUUUCUACCUUUUUACCAUAUUUACGGUUUCGUCGUUUGUCUUCUCAACUAUCUUAAGAUUGGUGGAAAGAUAAUUUGCAUGCCGCAAUUCUCAUCGAACAAUUUACUGGAUGUCCUUAAGAGAAACAAAACGACAGCAUUGUACGUAGUGCCUCCAGUGGUUCAACUUAUGGCAAAUGAUGAUAGAUUCAACAAAAAACAUGUGGAAAAUGUCAAAAAUGUAUUGUGUGGUGCAGCCCCCCUUGGAAAUGAACUAAUCAGCAAAUUCCAAUCGAAAAUGGGAAUCAAUUUUAACCAGGGUUACGGAUUGACUGAGACCUCCCCAACGGUAUCACGAUCGAAAUAUUCGGCUUGUGACUCUGUAGGCUUAAUAAUUGUAAAUACCCAAAUCCGGAUUAUUAGCAGAGAUAAUGAUAAAUUUGGAAACAACCUGGGUGCUAACGAAUUGGGGGAAAUUCUUGUGAAAGGACCACAAGUGAUGGCUGGAUACUACAAAAAUGUGAAGGCUACCGAAGAUUGUAUGGAUGGGGAGUGGUUCAAGACAGGAGAUUUAGGAUAUGUUGACGACAAAGGACAAUUAUUCGUCACUGGGCGUACGAAGGAGCUCAUCAAAAUCAAGGGCUUCCAGGUGGCUCCAGCUGAACUGGAAGACGUCAUUUUUGGCCAUGAAAAGGUUGCAGAUGUUGCAGUAAUUGGAAUACCCCACGAAAAAUUGGGGGAAGUCCCAAAAGCAUUCAUUGUGCCACAGCCGAAUAUUAAAAUCACAGAGGAGGAAGUAAAAAAUUAUGUUGCAGAGCGACUUUCCAAACAUAAGCAUAUUGCUCAAGUCGAGUUCAUUGAUAAAAUCCCAAAAAGUGCAGCAGGGAAAAUUCUUCGGAGAGAACUUCAAAAGCUAUAAUAGACGAUCGACGUAUUUUUAUUCUACUAAAUUACAUCUAGUUGCGAAGAGUGAGCGCCACCAGACUCACAUGCCAUGAUAAAAAAAGUUCAUUGUUCAUAAUUAAUUUAUAAUUGGAGUUCGUUGCAAUUGAG